AUGGGGUGGGUGGUGCUCCUUGUUACUACUCUCCAGCGUGAUAAUCAGAAACUGUCAUUGGUGCCACUUGCUGUUAAGGUGUCAGUCCUACUUGCUCUAUGGAUAGAAUGCGGUGCCGGCCGCAUCGCUAUCUGCGGUAACUGCGGUUGUUUCCACGUCCCUUGUUCCGAUGAAGAUGUUCAUAGGAUGUGGUGCAGAGCCACAUCGCUAUGUGCAACACCCAUUUUCAUACACAAGGCCACCAUUUCUAAUCAGUUGUCGAUUGACGAGUGCACAAUCGCCCCUUCAACCAAAUUUGGGGAUCUUGGUGCUGAUUCUCUUGACACGGUUGAGAUUAUGAUGGCAUUGGACGAAACAUUUGGAGUGUCAACAGGGGAAAGCGGAGCUGAAAACAUUGUGACUGUUCAAGAUGUUGCCGAUCUCAUUGAAAAAGUGAAGGCGGAAGCUUGA